AUGGCUGUGCGGAGGGGAGACUCCUCCCUUUGGAAGUACUGCUGGGGAGUUUUGAUGGUUUUAUGCAGAACUGCAAUGGCCAGAUCGGUAGUUUUAGACCCGAUAUAUUGGAAUUCCUCCAACCCCAAAUUCCUUCCUGGACAAGGACUGGUACUAUACCCACAAAUAGGAGACAAACUGGAUAUUAUAUGCCCAAAGGUGGACUCUAAAACUGUUGGCCAGUAUGAGUAUUAUAAGGUCUACAUGGUUGAUAAAGACCAAGCAGAUAGCUGUACUAUUAAAAAGGACAACACACCUCUACUCAACUGUGCCAAGCCAGAUCAAGAUGUUAAAUUUACCAUCAAGUUUCAAGAGUUCAGCCCUAACCUCUGGGGCCUGGAAUUUGAGAAGAAAAAAGAUUAUUACAUUAUAUCAACAUCAAAUGGGUCAUUAGAGGGCCUGGAUAACCAGGAGGGAGGGGUGUGCCAGACAAAAGCCAUGAAGAUCCUCAUGAAAGUUGGACAAGAUCCCAAUUCUGCUGGAUCACCCCGUAAUACUGAUCCAACUAAACGUCCCGAACAAGACGCUGGUACCAAUGGAAAAAGCUCCACAACGAGUCCAUUUGUAAAGGAUAAUUCAGGAUCCAGCACAGAUGGCAGUAAGGCUGGACAUUCCAGUAUACUUGGUUCAGAGGUGGCCUUAUUUGCAGGGAUUGCGUCAGGGUGCAUCAUUUUCAUCGUCAUCAUCAUCACUUUGGUGGUUCUUUUAUUGAAGUACCGGAGAAGACACAGGAAGCAUUCACCCCAGCACACUACAACUCUGUCACUUAGUACGUUAGCCACCCCAAAACGUAGUGGCAACAACAAUGGUUCUGAGCCAAGUGACAUUAUCAUUCCUCUAAGGACUGCAGACAGUGUUUUUUGCCCUCACUAUGAAAAGGUCAGCGGAGACUAUGGACAUCCAGUGUAUAUAGUUCAAGAGAUGCCUCCUCAGAGUCCAGCAAACAUUUAUUACAAAGUCUGA